AAAGAAUAAUUUAUUUAUUUUAUUUGAACUUUAACAUGUAAUGAAGAUAAAACUGUUUGUAACAGUGUUUGGAUAUAUUUGGUGCAUGAACAUUUCUCAGAAGAAACUAAAAUAUUUCUAAUUAGACUUUCUGUUGCUCAGAUUAGCAGACAGUGGAAUUAGACAAAAGGCAUAUUGCAAGUUACACAGUUGUUAGAAGAAUUUUAGUUUCCACAGGUUCUAGUUGUUUUAUUGUCUGUUCUUUACACUUAUUUACUUGGUCAAUAUCAUAAUUUACUGGAGAAAAUUAUUUCAAAUUUGAUUUGUGUAUGCUUACGUAUUAUAUUGGUGUUGUUGGAUAUUAUUUUUUAUAUGUCAGUUAUAGAAAAAAAUGCAUAUAAGUUAAGAUGUACUUAAAAACAUAAUGCCCCAACAAAACUGUACUUUCUCUUUGGUAGGGUCUUAGUAAAACAUCUAUCUUGUAGUUCUUUUUCAAUGUUUAAGUCAAUUUUUCAAUUUUAAUAAUUGUAAAAUGACUAGAAGGGAAUUAUUGAAUCUAUUUAAAGCUCUGUGUUGCUCUGCUUCAUUAUUAUCACUGACUUUCCUCGACAGGUUCUAUUGUGAAGAUGGAUUACAGAUACAUCAAUGCAACGUCUUUCAUUCCAAACUAUACUGACAGCAAUAACAGCUUUAACCACAAUAACUCUUCCAACAAUACAUUCCAAAAUAGUACCAGCUCUCCAAAUUCAUUUGAAGAAUCAUUCUGCUGGCAUUAUUAUGGAACGAUGACAAUGUUUACCAUAAUAUUCAUCUCCAUCUGGGGUCUUUUAUCACCGCUGGCCAUCUACAGUCUCUACUCUCAGAUCCGAAGUGAUCAUGUCGUUCCUGUUUUCAUCAUCAACCUUCUAAUUUCAGACAUCAUUCAGAUUUGCUGUAUGAUUGUUCAAGUGGCAAAUGUAAAGGACUAUUUCAUAACUUAUUUAGUCAUUUAUUAUCUCUACAACUGUGGUGUGAUGGCCAGUGUUUUCUUCAUGACCUUCAUUGCCAUGGAAAGGUAUCUGCUGAUUGCUUGGCCUUUUUGGUACAGAUUCCAGCGAAAACUCAAGCUUUCUGCAUCAGUCAGUGUUGUGAGCUGGAUUCUUUCUGUUUUUAUUGGUUUAAAUAAUGGAAUGUGGCAGGGAUCCCUUCUGGUCCUCCCCAUGCCCCUGUUAAUAUUCUUCCUUGUGCGCAGUAUCAAAGCUCUGUCUACAGCCCAGAAUGUCCCACCUAAUGAAAGACAACAAAUUAUAGUUGUUUUAACUGUGGUGUUGUUUGCUUACGUACUGACAUUCUUACCACAAAUUCUUGUGGAGUUUGUGUUGUGGGCAGGGUGGUGGCGGUGGUGGUGGGAUUUCAACAGUACCACAUUUGUAAAUUUGAUCAGUGUGCCCUGUACUUUAAUCCAGCUAAAUCCUCUGGCAGACUUGCUUCUAUACCUUAUUAUAAAGAAGUGUCUCUUUGACAAACUGCUGGCCUUCCUGUGUUGUUGCAGAAAGAUUAACAAUAGGAACCAGCAGACCAACAGCAUUACAGCAACAACAUGUAGCUGGUCGGCUUCUCAGGGGCAGAAAGAAGCAGAGAAUAAUUCCUGAAAGGUAAAAUUAAGACUAAAGACAAACACAUCAAAUUCUGUACAUAAGCAAUAAUGCAUCUAAUAUUUUAAAAAAGCAGCCUGCAUAUAAAAACUGUUUUUAU